AUUGGAGAUCUACUGUGUAUUUUUGCAAAUUAAAACCAGGCCAUCAGUGUGAAAGGAUAAUAGAAGCUCGGGGCACAGAGUUGAUCAGAGAUGGUCAUAAGGGCAAAUUUACUCUGAUUUUCUCUGAUCAAAGUCUUACACUGAUAAUCAGAACCCUGAGGGUAGAGGAUACUGGACUGUAUCAGGUUGGAGAACACAGUGUGUGGAAUCAGGACAUUAACCUGAAACUGAACCGUGAUCCGUGUUGCAGUGAGAUGAAAUCAGUAGCAGGUUCUUUGGGACAGAAUGUGACGAUCAGCUGCUCCUAUCCAGAAGAGUUUGAAAGAAAUAUAAAGUCUUUCUACAAACAGAACAAUCGCUCUUUAACUGAAAUAAUCCUCACCAGUGGAGCAGAACAGCAUCAGGACGACAGAUUCUCCAUUUCUGAUGACGUGAGGAAUAAAGUGUUCAGUGUGAACAUUAAUGAUGUGAGAGAAGACGAUGGAGGAGUUUAUUUCUGUGCAGUUGUUAAGGAUGAGACUGAGAUCAUUUCUCACUCGCUCUUCACAACAAUACAUCUCCAAACUACUGAAGCAGCGCAAUUCACAACCAAAAAUCCAGAUGUUCCAUCAGACACACCUGAACCUGAUUCUCCAUCACCAUCUCGGAAAUACUUCAUCACCAUCUCUGUGGUUGUUUUUGUGAUUCUGCUGCUUGGUGUUGGAUUAGCACUGAUCUUCUACCAGCAGAAAUGGAAGAAGUCACAAGCCAAAGACUUCCCAGAAUGUGCCCCAGGUUCCCUGCACAAACCUGUAAUGGAAAAACCUUCAGAAAUUCCUUACUAUGAGGAGAUUACAGACUACAGACACCAUCCUGAUCCUGAGGCAACUGCCUAUUACUCAGCUAUUCCUCUAUCCAACACCCCCUCUGAUCGCCUAAUCUCAGUGUACGUCACUGCACAAUUACCCAGAAUCCCCUAUGAUUCCCCAAAAAAUGUAUAUGCUACUGCACAGUUACCCACAACCCCGUCUGAGCUGCCAAACACAGUGUACGCCACUGCACAGUUACCCACAACCCCCUCUGAUCUGCUAAAAACCAUAGACACCACUGCAGAGUUACCCACAACCCCAUCUGAUCUGCCAAACACAGUGUACCCCACUGCACAGUUACCCACAACCCCUCUGUUCUGCUAA